AACAUAAACGUUCAUUAGUUAACAUUUGAAGCCAACGGUUUGUGGAAAACCUGUUGCUGCUGACGGUUGCCAAAGCGGAUAUAUAUGUAGCAGAGUGUAAUAAAGUUACGUUCUUUAAGAUGCUGUAAGGAUACCAAGCAAGCUUAUGGCCAUGCAGGAUAUACGCCUACGUCUCGAGCCGCAACACAGUACAGUCGCGUUCUCCACUUCGUGCUCCUCCUCCUCGCAAGCAGCCAGCACAUCGACAUCCACAUCUCCAUCUCCAUCGCCGGCCACCGUGGAGACAACGCUCAUUGAGACUGGCAAACCGACGACGACGACGACGACGCCGACGGUAGCAUCGCCCACAAGGCGUCCUCAACUGUUGCCGGAGCUAAGCUUCAGCGAAACAACAAGUGCAGUGAAUACAGCGCCACAACAGCAUUAUUAUCAUCAUCAUCAUCACCAUCCGCACUCGCAUCCACAUCCACAUCCGCAUCAGCAUCCGGCACAACCAAGAGCCCAGCCGCGACAUCAGGUGGAGCAGCUGCAACUGCUGCACAGUCACCACGCCCACAGCCAUGACCCAGGGCUGCAGCAAUUGCCACGCUCGCCCAGCUCCGAGGAGGACAAUUCCCCAACAGAAAUGAAUAAUUGUCGUCGUUUGGUUGAUAAACCACCUCUGGUUAAACGCCUCACCAUGGGCAUUGGAUUGUUGCGUGGCACCGAGGAUAGCCGCCCAUUGGUGCACAACAACUGCUCCUCCUCCCUCAACUCGGGCUCAUCGCAGACCAUAUCCGAUGGCUAUGUGAACGAAGCCAUCUGUGAGCCGGACAAAUAUGUGGCAAGCAAAUUCGGUGACUCCUGUCGUCAAUCUCUGACGGCUCUGGAAACUGCCACACAACGUCUGCAGGCGGAGCUGCCCAAUAGCAAAAAGUAUUUGCGGGAAACGUGCAGCGCCAACUCGAGUCCAAAACUGUUUGCACACGGCUCCUCACUGCGUUUGGACAACCUCAGUCUGGCCGAGCAGCAGGAGCUGAAGGGCGCCGCAUGGUAUCAGGCGGGAAUUCCGCGGGAGAUCUCACUGGAGGUGCUGUCACGUCAAAGUCCAGGUGCAUUUCUGGUGCGACAGAGCAGCACAAAGCCAGGUUGCUUUGCAUUAUCCUUACGCGUGCCGCCGCCAUCGCCACGUGUGGCACAUUAUUUGAUACUCCGCACACCGCGUGGCUAUAAAAUUAAGGGAUUCACCAAGGAAUUCAGUUCGCUGCGAGCGCUGAUUACGCAUCAUUCGGUGAUGCCGGAGCUGUUGCCCGUACCGCUGACGCUGCCGCGGCCGGCGCAUGUCCGGGCACAGGCUCAGGCAUAUGGAAAUGGUGGCGGUGAUUUUGAGAUGUACGGCUCGCUGAAUGACUUUCGGAAAAUGAUGGCCGAUUUGAAUGUGUGACCGUUGGGCGCAUCUAAUUAAUUAAGUAAUUAUGUGACGUUGAUUGAAUUAAGCGCCACACGACUGGACAUAUUGUUCGACCCGGUCUGCUGCCUGUCUGGACAGGAUAACAAUCUGUUUAAUUUGCUUAAUUGGCUGUGCUGACGGUUGACAUGGCUACCAAGUCGAAAGCCGCUCCAAAAAAACUCCAACAAACAGUGAAAAAAAAAAGUUAAAAAAAAUUUUAUGAAAAUUAAUAAUCAGAGUUGAAUCAUAGAAUAUGUUGCCCAAUGGCAGCUGCAGGGUAUACACAUAAACACACACACACUCUGACACACAGAUUGUGCCACAAAAACUGCACUCAAAUGAUGCAACUGAUUGAAAAACAAGUGCAAACAAAACGAAUAUGCAACAAAUAUGCAAAUCGAACCUUACAAUUAUUAUUUUUUUGAAUACUUUUUUUUGAAUUUUAAUUUACUGUUACCGCUGAGUGGCAGGUGCAACACAAUUCUGAUUGCAGCCAACGGGAUUAAAUGUUAAUGCCAAUGGGAAAGCCUUUUGUAAAAUGUUUUUAGCAGCUGCCAGAUUUUAGUUAGUAUUAAAACAUUCUUAGUUAAAGCUGAAAUUAUACAUACAUAAAAGUAUCUGAUACAGCACAAAAUGCAGCAAUUAAUAUAUAAUAUGUAAACGUAAACAAACAAUUAAAUGUGGUGUAAUAUUAAUCAUAUAAGUAGCUAGGUUUAUACAAAAUUAUGUUUACUCUGUAGUGUUUGUAAUUUGUGUAAUAAAAAAUAUUCAAACAACA